GGCACUUUUCGAAGGAUUAUUAUUGAGAAUCCUGAUCAGGAGAAGCAGUAUCAGUUCUCCCACCAGUGCCAGAGCCCCCAGCAAGUGGACCAGUGCCAGGCUGCCCAGCCGUGCCAGUACCCAGAGCAGCCCCAGGUCACUCACCAGUGCCAGCAGACACAGACCAGCAGCCCCUGUGAAGUCCUUCCAGUCUCUGUCAGCGAUGACUGCAGAGGAAGUACCGUGAGGAGGGUGACAGUGCAAACCUGUGAGCCGGUGAACUGUGCUCAGGCAAAUAACGACCAGCUGGACUGCCGCUACUUCGGUGAGCUCCUCGCUGAGCUGAGCCGCAAGACCAACGACUUGCACAGCUGUUUGCUGCAGCACGUGGAGAAGAUAGGAGGAAGGAACCAUGACAUUGAAUUUACGUGUCAGACUGAAGAUAUUGAAGAAUUAAUUCCCAAAGGACUGUCUGAGGCAACAAAGCAGCAGAUUCGUUAUCUCCUCCAGAUGAGAGUCACAUCAGACAAAUCUUUGAGACUUGUGCUUUCCACUUUCAAGAAUCUCCGUGAGGAGCUUUGCCACCUGCAGGAUGACUUAGGGAAGUUAGAAACUGACAAUGUCUUACUUAAGAAGGAUUUGGCUUUUAAAGAUUCUCAAGUAAAAGAAUAUGAAACGAUGCUGGCUUCUCUGAGAGAGAAUAAUCGUCAGCAGCAGCAAGGGCUCCGAGAGAGUACUGCAAAAUGUCGCUCUCUGGAGGAACAGCUCCUUUCCCUUCGGCUCAGUGAGGGAGAAAAGGAUUGUCAGCUAAAGGAGCUGGAGUUCUGCAAGCGUGCCUUGGAGCAGGAGAUCCAGAGCCUCAGGCUGCAGGUCUGCUCUAAUCCAACCCUGCAGACCACCACGGAUGAGCUCUCCAGCCGUUAUGUAGAGAUGAUCAAUAACUUGAGGGAAGAUAAAGAUCGUGAGAUCCGCAGCCUUAGGUCUCAGUUAUGCCAAUUCCAGCAAGACAUAUCGAGGAGAGAAGGAAGCAACAGUGACUUGCAAAUACGGUUGCAUGAACUGACAUCAAUGUUGGAGGAGAAAGAUGCUUUUAUUAAACAACAGCAAGAGGACCUCUUCAGAUUGAAGCAUGAGAAAUUAUCUGGCAGUCAGUCCCCUGGUGUAACUGCUAUCAUCACCAAGAAGUACAGAAAUCAGUACCCUAUUCUGGGUCUCCUGUCUGAUGACUACAAGGUUACAUCACCUGUCAAUAAAUCACAAACUAUUGUCAUUGAGAGGACGGGAGAGAUAUGGAAGCACGAAUGA